GCAGCCAGCGACAGUCAUGUGUACGUCGGCCGCCAAACGACCGGCCGACGUCAUCAGCUUGAACAGCGACGACGAGCCAGGGCCGCCGACCAGCCGGCGGCAGCCGCCGGUACCGACGUACAGCCGGGCCCCUGGCCGGCCGGCGUGCCCGUUUGGCAUCAACUGCUACCGCCGCAACCCCGCCCACUUUGAGUCGGAGGACCACCCGGCAGAGCACCCGCUCCUCGCGGCCGCAAACAGCCAGCAGAGCCAGCAGCGUCCUGCUGCCGUGCCCGCUCCUGCCGCCGCCGCUUCGGCUCCGGCACCGGCUGCGAGUGAAGAGUCCAACGCAGGAGACGGGGCGAGGGCGGAGCCGGCGUCCGCGGCGUCGAGCGGGUCUGGCGGUCCCUCCGCCGACAUCACCAUCCCGUCGCGGUACGCCAAUCCGGCCGUCUUCCUGCGCGUCCCAAAGAAGGACAGGCCGGUGGAGCCGGUGCGGAUCCCUCUCCUCCGCCCGUUUGUCGGAGACAACAGCUUGCUCAUCGGCCACUUCAACGGCGCCACCACUUCGUCAGCGCCCGUCUGCAAGCUGGCGGGGUUCGACUUUGACGACACGCUCUCCGAGCGAAAGGCGGCAGGAGGCAAGGACAAGUGGAGGAGCAGCUUUUGGAACCACCGCUUCGGCUCGUCGCCCGCGAUGCUGCGCGCGCUGCACGCGCGCGGCUACCGGCUCCUCGUGCUGACAAACGAGAGCGUCGCGCACCUCAAGAACGCCGACCCGCUGCGGGCGCAGAUAACGCCGAAGCUUGAGCGGCUGGCGGGCUGGGCGGCGGACGUGGGCGUGCCCGUGCUCGUGCUCGUGGCGACAGACAAGAGGACUGGCACUUCGAGCCGCGGCCACACGCUGCACAAGCAGCCCGUGACCGCCGCCGGCAACGCGGGCAUGUGGCACGUGGCGGAGGAGCUGCUGGGCGCGAGGGCGGCCCCAGAGAGCUUCUUCGUGGGCGACGCCGCCGGCCGCGAGACUGACCACGGAGACGACGACAGGCGGCUCGCCGCGGCGGCGGGCGUCACUUUCUACACCGAGGACGCCUUCUUCGGACGCGACCCCCUCUCGCUUCUCGCGGACGCGGCGAAUGGCUGACACGUCCUCUCGAGGCGCGGCGAUGGACGCUGGGGGGCGGCGGUGGGUCCAGACACAGGCAUGCGGGGGACCAUGAGCAUGUCCUCGGCCCAGUGAUUUCGCACACGUGCCUGUGUGCAUGUGCAUGUAACGCACCGUGAUCCGUGUCUCCCCGCGGUCCUUCGGUUGUGCUUGUGGCGGCUGUGGCGGCUGGCGCCGUUGGCGCAGGGCUCGUCGCGUUUGUUUUUUGGAUAUGGAUAUAAUGCUACCUAUGUACUUAUGUGC